UUUUCAGAACUUCAAAUACAAAAAACCAUGAGUGUCGCACACAACAAAAAAGGACUUUUUCGCAGAUCUCAAAGCACCCGGAGCCCACCGGAACAUUCUCCACCGUGUUCUCCACUAAUUCGUCGUCAACGCCCUGCAACACUUUACGUGAAACAUUCUCCACGAGCCAGCCACGUGGCACAGUUCCCAAUCAAGAAAAUCUCAAUUCCCACGGUUAACGUGCACAAAAUGUCCUUGACAAAUGCAGAAUGUUUAACAGUACAUCAACAAAUUCCACCACAACAGCAGCAGCAACUUUACCCAAAUUCAAUGGUUCCUCCAUCCGACCGUUUCACCAGAAGUGCAUCCUCAUCACCAAGACGGGGCGGAGCUAAUGGGGGUGGAGCCGUAGUUGUGGGUCCCGAUGGACAAUUGAGACGCCGCGAGUCAGUGCUCCAAAUGCUCAAUAGAAUCUGGAAAAGUGAUGAGUGUACCCGAAGACCGUCGGUUCAAAAGUCAAACGCAUUGGAUGUGCCAACAGAACCCCUGUCCCGGCAAUUGUCCCUGUCCGACACCAAUGUGACACCGCAAAUAAGCAGAUGUGCCAAGUUGAACCUUUCUGUGAAACAGAAAAAAUUGUUGAGGCAAAGUUUCAAUGCGAUGAAUUCGGGCGGCACAUUCCUCAAACUCAUGGAGAAAAUUUUCAGACGCCUCGAGACAAAGUGCCCAGAUAUGAGAUCGAUAUUUCUCACUACCGCAUUCGUGAACUCACUGAGCCGCGAACGCCAGACUCCGCCCCUUGUAAAGACGGAAUAUGACCACUGUAAAUGUAUGGUUGGAAUAUUCGAGAGACUUAUUGAAAAUUUGGAAAAUAUUAACGAGCAGUUGACGAUGAUACGGCAUUAUGGAGAGAAACAUGCUCAGAUGGCUGAAAGUGGGUUCACUGGAGCGAUGAUUGAGCAAUUUGGAGAGAUUUCGGUUUUCGUGAUCGGCUCGCAAGAUGUCGUAAAAUUUAAUCACGAGACUGUAAAAGCCUGGAGGCUCCUGUUGGCCUGUGUAACUGACGAGAUGAAGGUCGGAUUCGACAGAAUGUCACGUAUAAAUGGCCGCCGAAACAGCUGCAAUCCGCCAAGUACAGUACCCAGUGGGAAUUGAGUUGCGCGUCGGAUGUGGUGUAUUUGGUGUGUGUACACCGUCACGUUACAUUGCACUGAAAUAAAUUUAUUAUUUUAUUUUAUUUUUCCUCUUUUUUUACCGAAUUUCGUGAUUUUUCGGGUGUUUUCAUGUAAAAACAUUGAAUAAAUAUAUUGGAAUUAA